GCCCAAGAGAGAGUAAUGGCGUCCGCAUCGAGCGCACGGUGUUCUCGCGGUUUGUCUGUUACGCCAGGAAUUGAACGUUGAAGUGAUUGGCUCGGCCUCAUCUCUCGUCGUUUUCAUCGAGAGCACUCUCCGUAGUCUAAGCUCGACCGUGUUUAUCUGCAAACGAAGCUUGCAAAUAUCUCGACACAAAACGAUAACGAGGAUCCGUGAAAGCGUGGCGGCUGAACUGCUGGUGGUUGUGUAUGUUCUUCUGCACGUCAUCAAUGGAAAGAACACGACUUUAAGUUUCGAAACGUUUCUUGACUCGAUGCGGUAAUUCCGAUUGUCGAUUCCACCUGAUCGAUGAUGAACUGAGAAUUUUUGGAAUCGCACGUUUCAUCCUACACCGUUGUACCUGUCCUGUGCUACAUGGAGUAACGUGACGUGGUCCUUUACCAGAAUGGAUUCGACUGAUCAUAGGGCUGUUACUGUCAUGAAAUAUAUCUGACCCUUGUUGUCCAUUUAAGUUGGACAACGUUUAAUUCAAAUUAAUUAUCUAUUUAUAUUCUCUUAUAAUGUCUGCAAAUACUCAAUUUGCGAAUCCGCCGCCAGCUGUAAGCUUACCUAACAUGUCUGUGCCACCACCCACGACUCCAAAUUUGUCGGCACCACCACCAAAUUUAACCACUAUAAACACCUCGGGAAGUUAUCAGCAUCGAUAUGCAAACCAUAGAGAGAGCAAUCGCGGUUUCUUCAAACCAUUUAGACCUUAUCACGCUCCAAAAAUUGUCGCUGGAGGACAGGAUACUCUGCAAGAUGAAUUUGAUGGCAAGAGGCUUAGGAAAUCCGUUAUGCGAAAGACUGUCGAUUAUAACUCCGCCAUCAUUAAAAGCUUAGAAAAUCGAGUAUGGCAGCGGGACUAUAGGGAUCGUCGCGCACUUCAGCCAGAUGUAAUAUAUUAUCCCGAUUUACUCCCUCCACCAAGUUAUAUUGACAAUCCAAUAAAUGCAGUUACCACGAGGUUCGUAAAAACGGCUACCAAUAAAAUGCGUUGUCCGAUUUUUUGUAUGGCUUGGACACCCGAAGGUAGGCGUCUCGUCACUGGCGCUUCGAGUGGAGAAUUCACUUUGUGGAAUGGCCUUACUUUCAAUUUCGAAACUAUUCUGCAGGCACAUGACAGCCCGGUCAGGACAAUGGUGUGGUCACACAAUGAAAGCUGGAUGGUAACAGGGGACCACGCGGGCUACGUAAAAUAUUGGCAGAGCAACAUGAACAAUGUGAAGAUGUUUCAAGCGCACAAAGAAGCGAUUAGAGGACUCAGUUUCAGUCCAACGGAUCACAAGUUGGCAACUUGCAGUGACGACGGAACUGUUAGAAUUUGGGACUUUCUUCGCUGUCACGAGGAACGAAUUCUCAGGGGUCAUGGCGCGGAUGUCAAGUGCGUGCAUUGGCAUCCACAAAAGAGUCUAGUCAUUUCUGGUAGUAAAGACAAUCAGCAACCAGUGAAACUUUGGGAUCCGAAGACUGGACAAUCUCUGGCAACUCUGCAUGCACAUAAGUCGACCGUGAUGGAUGUCAAGUGGAAUGAAAACGGUAAUUGGUUGGUAACCGCAUCAAGAGAUCAUCUCUUAAAACUUUUCGACCUCAGGAAUCUUAGUCAAGAAGUUCAGACUUUCCGUGGCCAUAAAAAGGAGGCGUCUAGCGUCGCGUGGCAUCCAAGCCACGAAGGUCUCUUUUGUAGUGGUGGUAGCGACGGCGCCAUACUCUUCUGGCAUGUUGGAGCGGAUAAGGAAGUGGGAGCGAUAGAACAAGCGCACGAUAGCAUAGUUUGGACAUUAGCUUGGCAUCCAUUGGGACAUAUCUUGUGUUCUGGUAGCAAUGAUCACACCUCUAAGUUUUGGACGCGUAACAGACCGGGAGAUCUGAUGAGAGACAAGUACAAUCUCAAUACAUUACCGGCAGGUUCGGCCGGUAUUGAUGAUCACGAAAUUGCUGAUGAAGCAGCGGUAAUACCUGGUAUGGGACCAGAGGAUAGAAUCAACGCAGAUUGUGAAUCCGAGGAUAAAAACGGCGGAAUCCCGGGCCUGGAUUUAGAUCAUGCAGUGGAUGAGGGCAAGAAAUUCGCCAACAAGAAAGUUCCAUACAGUAAACCAAUACCGCGAAAUUUCCAAGCACAGUGGAACGAAAUGGAAGCCGAGGAUAUUGAGCAAGUCGAAGCACUUAAUGCGUUCGUCAAUCAAUUAAUAGAGACAACGCCAGGUGCCGUGCCACUAAAUGAAGUUACGCCCAACGCCAUUAUAUUAUACGGGAAAAUGAUUCCAGUGGAAGCUGGCACCAAACUGGCAGAGGCAAUCAGUAAAGGAACUGAUGCUAUAAACAAAUUAGUAUUCUCUGGUGAAAUAGAAGAAUUACGGGAUGUGGUAGGUCCACCGGACAACGUAGACGAGGCCGAAGAGUUUUUGCAGGACGACGGCGAGAUUGAUUAUUCUAAAGUGCCCGACAUAGAUUUACCGCCACCUUUGCCUAGCUCGAAAUUCGCACAGAAUCCGGAGCUGUUGAAAACGCUGAAUCGCGGCGGUAAGCGCAAGUUCGAUCAGCUGAUCGGCUGGAGCGAUGGUGGAGCAAGCGAUCGUAUCUCGAAAAUGCACCAACCGGUCUUCGGUGGCGUGAUUACGGAGGACUCGCAGUCCAGCGACACUGAUUUGAGAUUCGGCAUUGGCAAGUCGAAUCCUCUCGCGGAGAGCAAUUCCUUCCACAGCGGUCAGGAUGAAGAUCAUAGAAGAGGCGGUUUUCAUCUUGAUCUAACGAGAAGUGGCAAUCGCGGCGAUGAGGAUCUCAGGUUCAACAUAUCCGCCGGUCCUGGCAGACCCGGUUCACGCAACGAGUACGAUUUGCGUGGCAACAAUUUCGCGGACAAGGAUUUUCGCAACAUCAGCAAUUUCCUGUCGUCCAAGUCUUUGGACGAUGAUGACGACGACGAUGAUGAUUACGACGAACGGGAACAUGAUAAUGCUGGCGGUCGUUGGGACGACGAGAAGGCCGAUGGAUCGCGCAGCAAACUGCUGGACAGCGCAUUCGCCGGCAACAGUUUCGAUAAACGCGACAACGGCAUAGCAAUGGGCAUGGGUAACAGUAUGCAUGGUCAUAUGGCUGGCAUGCCCCAUCUGCCAAAUCAUCAUAAUAUGCAAAACAUUAAUCCCAACAUGCCACCACCGAUACCGAGCCUAGUGCCGCAUCCCAACAUGCCACAGCAUCCUGGCAUGCAGGGUAAACCGCCGCAUCCUGGUAUGCCCGGUAUAGACGGCCCGAUGCCACCACAUAUGAUGCCGCAUCAUCCAAACAUGCAUCCGGGCUUUGGGCCCAAUGGGCCGCCGCCCGGUGGUUUCGGGCCCAAUUUUCGACCGCCGCCCAAUGGUAAUUUCGGCCCGAAUCACUUUAGACCGAGUCCGAUGUUGCCAUUCGGACCGAAUCAGGGCCCGCCGCCAUUCGGCAAUAGUUUUCAAGGACCGCCCAACUUCCGCGGUCCAAACGUCGCCCCGAUGAACUUUGAUCGACCAGGUUUCGGACCCAAUUUCCGUGGCCAAAAUCCACAAGGUCAAUUGAACAAUUUUAAUUCCAACUUUGGCAACUUUGGCAAAAACGGACCCAAUCGCGGCAUGAGUCGUGGCGGUAACGACAGUAUGGGCAGGAGCGGCUUUAGUAAUCGCGGCAGAGGACGUGAUAACGAUCAAUCGAGGGGAGGAAGGGGAAGAGACAAUUAUUGAAAAGAUUUCUCAGAACAAUGAUGUGCGUGAUUAUCGACAAUGUUCUUAUGCCUCGGUCUUGCAUGAACUGUUCAGUGGAACUUGGGCUGUAUGAGAUAAUGUGCCGGCGUCCUCGAAUAAUCGAUCGUAAACUCUCUUACAUGAGGCAUGAAAAUACCUUGUAUUCAUGCGAUAUAUAUAUCGUGAAAAAAUAUGAAUAUAUUUUCUCUUUUUUUUUUUACGAUUCGCCUAAUGAGCUAAAGAUCGGGCACUCUAGAUUUACACGGGUCGAUUGUAAAGAGGGUAAUUAAUUAAACUUUCUUUAAGAGAGAAAGAAUUAAGAACGAAUCGCUAAUUCAGAUUUGGAUUUAUUCUGGAUUGAGUUGACUUGUGGUGCAGUAUGCCAACAGUUUUUUUUUUUUUGAGAUAGACAAAAUUGUAAUAUAAUGUAUUAGGGAUCGACAACACGAAUAUUAUUCCGAUAGAAACUGUUCACAAGCUGCCUUGCGAGGAAAUUCUUGUUCCAUAUGUGUCGACAAAUGCGCGUUAAUUACGUCGGAUGACGCAUAAUCUCGGAAGAGAUUAAGCAUGAAUGUAUGGAUUGACUUUGUGUCCGCUGUUUGUCGUCCGAAGGAUGUGAGAGUGCCGCGGAACAGUCUAUCUAUUAUUAAUAAAACGGAAUAACAUAAAACAUCCUUCGUUUCUGCCCUAUUUUCGCAUGUAUAAUACUAUACAUUAAACGCAAUAACGAACUCAAUUGGGAUAACCAUGACAUAAAGGAAAAAAAAGCAUUUUUCAACGGUUUAAAAAGGUUUACAAGUUUUUAAAUAGCAAGUAAAUGAAUUUUUGGAGCAAAAGCAUUGUCAGCAAAAAUUGUAAAUUUUAUAUUUAUAAAUUUAUUAUAAAGUUGCCGAUUUACAGCUUAUAUAUUGUGAUAUUAUUCCUUGCUAUUAAUUUGAAAGCUUGUAAUAUUUCUCUUAGUACAUUUUAUACAUAUCUGUUGGAUUAUAAAUUAUAAUUUAACAAUUAUGUAACAAUUACAUUUAUUGUUGAAAACUAUUCUAAUGUCACAAUUAUCCCGAUUGAAUUUAUAUCGAUUUUCUCUGAUCUUGUAAAAUACGCAAAUGUAAUAAUAAUAUUAAUAAUUCAGCGAGUAUAUCGAAUCAUAAUGAAAUAAAAAAAAAAAAACUGACAAUGAAAGAAAACGGAUUGCAUCAGAAAUCGAAACUAUAAUGAUUCACCGAAUUUAAGAGUUUCAUACUACAAAUAGGUUCAUGUUUUUAUAGUUGCACAUAAAAAGUUAGGAAACAUUUUGCCGUAUAUCAAUUUUAUAUAUACUGACUACCUAAUUUGAUUUGUUUCGAUCUCUGAUUCUCUGAAUUAGAUGGUUCUCGUUAGGGACGUGAUAAAAUGUAACAU